GCCCACUACCAGCCUUAUCGCCACUCACUGUGUCGCAGUGACACACCGUGUCCGACGCCAAGAGUGCCAUUUUGUUCUACAAGAACAGACGCAUCCUCCAUUGAACGGACGAUGGCCACAGCCCUUUACAAGUGAGCCAUGUCUGACUCUGGGGGAUCGGAAUCAAACGGUCGUUUCCUGCAGUAUGAAGAGCCAGGAAUUGUGGACAUUCUCAUCAUCAUCUCCUUCUUCACCUUCCUCUGGGUAUCCGGCUACAUCUCCAAGAAGAUCAUUCGAGCCGGUAUCAUUGGACCCAUCCUGGUCGGAAUCAUCUAUGGCACCCCUCUGGCCAAUAUUCUCGAACAUAUCUGGCAAGAAACAUUCAUCUAUCUAGGCUAUAUUGGUCUGAUCCUGAUCAUUUUCGAGGGAGGCCUCUCCACCAGGCUUGAUCUGCUACGUGCAAAUCUCACGCUCAGCGUUGUCGGGGCUACGACUGGAGUCAUCUUGCCUAUUGGACUCAGUUAUUUGCUCCUUUAUCUCGGAUAUGGCUAUGGUGCCGUCGAGACGUUCAUCAUUGGAGCUUCGCUGUCUGCAACUUCGCUCGGAACGACUUUUGCGGUGAUCUCGGGUGCUGCUGCGAGCGUUGACCUCAGUCAAACUCGUGUCGGAGCGAUCCUCGUGAGCGCCGCUGUUCUGGAUGAUGUCUCCGGUCUGGUGAUGUCGAGUGUGAUACACGAUCUGGGAAGCAUCGGGAGCGGAGGCGGAGUGAAUCUGGGCUGGCUCAUUGGUCGUCCGAUUGUCGCUUCCAUUCUGAUGACAAUACUCACACCUGUUCUGUCAAAAUGGGUACUCGCGCCAGCGUUCCGCAAAUUCAUCGAGCCAUAUUUUCACAGGUUUGAUCAUCUUUUCAACAUCGUCUUCAUGAUAUUGAUCCUGUCGGCGUUCAUAUCCAUCGCAGCAUAUGCUGGCACCUCCAUUCUCUUCGGCGCCUUCCUGGCCGGAGUCUUUCUCACAUACCUGCCUUCGCAGACGCCGGAUGGGCCCUUUGUAGUGAUGAGUAGGGAAGAAGGAGAGAGAGAGAAGGAUAAAAGUCCUACGUUCGUUCACACAUUCGAGUACUAUUGCUUGGACUUCCAGGUAUACAUUCUCGAGCCUCUGUUCUUCGCGAGUAUCGGCUUCGCUACCCCAUUCCUGGACCUCUGGACUGGAGCUGCCAUCUGGCGCGGAUUGCUGUAUACACUGCUGAUGCUGAUUGCCAAGUUUCUCGUCGGCAUCUGGAUUCCGGUCUGGGCAUAUUCUCUGGGGCCGAAGGUCGACAAGAGCAAGCCGAACGCUGAGACCGCAGACAGUCGAUCUCGGAUCACCAGGAUGAAAGGUGGCGUCUAUCCGGGGCUUCUCCUAGGAAUGGCCAUGGUUGCUCGAGGAGAGAUUGGCCUCCUCAUCGUUGAGAUUGGGUACAACAACACGACAUACGUCUCGCAGGCAGGUUUCCUGACUGCCAUCUGGGCAAUCAUGCUGAACACCAUUUUGGGCCCUAUCGCUGUAGGCAUUCUGGUCAAGUAUAAAGCCGACGACAUAGCGCAAGGAGAUUGGGGUCUGGUGAAAGCACCGGGUACAUCGUCUCCUAAUGACGAAGAUCAUCUACGAAGCGAGAGCCAGACGUUCGCGUGAACGAGUAGUGAAUCACUCCUGGGCGCCAAUUGUGUGCGCUCUAUGCACCGCAUGCGGGAAACGGCUUUUCCGUGGUCUUGCGCUACUGGGUGAAGCAGUAAUUUCUCUUCUGCACCUCAGAGGUUCCGACCUGAAUCCUAACCGCACAGCGCACACCAUAAUGUUGAUACCGCCAUUGCUGGCAUCGCGCUUGGAGAAGUCAAGCUUUACUCUCAUUCGUCGCUCCGAAAUACAUACAGCGCGCAAUGUGAUGGCGGUAUCACAACUUCAGACGCCGCACGUAAACCUCAUCCCUCGAUCUACGGAAGCUACUGCACAAGGAGACCAUGAUGCUACCGCCUCAAAUGCUGCCUGCAGGCACGCAGAGAUGUAAACUCCUACAAUCGCAACAGAACUUCGGAGUCGUAUCUACGGGGCCGCCCUUGAUGCGACAGGCGGGAUGUUCAUCAUAAAAAGAAGCCUCGAUAACAGCGUCCGCGGCGCCAGACGGUGGGUUACCAGACUUGAAGAUCGACAGAGAGAACAAGAUCUCAUGCUCCACGCAGGCGUGACUUGAAGAAGUCGUCUGCUAUAGAUUCCGUAAUCUAUCAACUCGCCGAGGCCACUUCUGAGCCCUCAGUUGAUCAUCAGCAAGCGUUCUUCAUUUGAGGUUAGCACA